CUUCAUUCUCCCUCAACCUCUCUUGUCUCUCCUCCCACAGUUUUCCUUUCUCCUCCCUCCCAGCCGUUCUCCCUCAGUGCCUAGCUCUCCUAUGUCCCGUCUCAUGGCGCUGCUCUGUACAUCCGGGCCUCCGCACACCGCCUGACUCCCUCACCACUUAUAGCGCUCCGUGCCUGGUCUUACUCACCACUCAACACCGCUGCUCAGGCUUCGGCCUACUACCCUUCUAGGACUACUUCAGGGGUUUAAGGGCCAUGUCUAACCAAGGAUCCAGAAGAAACGGACCCGUUAAAUUACGGCUGACAGUUCUGUGUGCGAAGAACUUGGUGAAAAAGGAUUUCUUCACAGGGCUACCGGAUCCCUUUGCUAAGGUGGUUGUCGAUGGAUCUGGGCAAUGCCACUCAACUGACACUGUGAAGAACACUCUUGAUCCAAAGUGGAACCAGCAUUAUGACCUAUACAUUGGGAAAUCAGACUCCAUAACUAUCAGUGUGUGGAACCACAAGAAGAUCCACAAGAAGCAGGGCGCUGGAUUCCUUGGCUGUGUCAGACUUUUGUCUAAUGCAAUCAAUCGUCUAAAGGAUACUGGCUAUCAGAGACUGGAUCUAUGCAAACUCGGGCCAAAUGACAAUGAUACUGUUCGAGGACAGAUUGUAGUCAGUCUUCAGUCCAGAGACCGUAUAGGAACUGGUGGGCAGGUUGUGGAUUGCAGUAGGCUGUUUGACAACGAUUUACCAGAUGGACCAGCUUCAGAAUACUCCAGUCCUGGGAGACCACUGAGCUGCUUUGUGGAUGAAAACACUCCAAUUGUGUCUACCAAUGGAGCAAGCUGUGGACAAAGCUCAGACCCCAGACUUGCAGAAAGAAGGGUUCGGUCACAAAGACACAGGAAUUACAUGAGCAGAACACAUUUACACACCCCUCCUGACUUACCUGAAGGAUAUGAACAGAGAACUACACAGCAAGGGCAGGUGUAUUUUCUGCACACACAGACUGGGGUGAGCACUUGGCAUGACCCAAGAGUGCCGAGGACAUUAAAUGGAAUGAGCUGUGAUUCUUUCGGGAGGCUGCCGUCCGGCAGAGCACUAAAUAGCAGCAUUUUUGCAAGAAUUGAUUUUUUUUUAGACCACUUCGAUCGCCAGAACCAACUUAAAGAUCACCAUCAGCAGCAGCAACAGCAACAGGUGGUUUCCGUAUGUCAGCUUCCCGAUGAGGUAGAGUGCCUAACUGUUCCUCGGUAUAAGAGGGACCUUGUGCAGAAGCUGAAGAUCUUGAGACAAGAAUUGUCUCAGCAGCAGCCACAGGCAGGUCACUGUCGCAUAGAAGUGUCUCGAGAAGAGAUCUUUGAGGAAUCUUACAGACAGGUGAUGAAGAUGAGACCUAAAGAUCUAUGGAAGAGAUUAAUGAUAAAAUUCCGGGGUGAAGAGGGUCUGGAUUAUGGAGGGGUUGCCAGAGAAUGGCUAUACCUGCUGUCACAUGAAAUGUUAAAUCCAUACUACGGCCUCUUCCAGUAUUCACGAGAUGAUAUUUACACUCUACAGAUAAAUCCAGAUUCUGCAGUAAACCCGGAACAUCUAUCAUAUUUCCAUUUCGUGGGUCGCAUCAUGGGCAUGGCAGUGUUUCACGGGCAUUACAUCGAUGGGGGUUUCACGCUACCAUUCUACAAGCAACUGCUCGGGAAGUCCAUUACCUUGAGUGACAUGGAAUUGGUGGAUCCUGAUCUCCAUAACAGUCUAGUGUGGAUUUUAGAGAAUGAUAUCACAGGGGUGCUAGACCAUACAUUUUGUGUGGAACACAGUGCAUAUGGUGAGCUAAUUCAGCAUGAAUUAAAACCCAAUGGAAAAAGUAUCCCGGUUACUGAAGAUAGUAAAAAAGAGUAUGUCAGGUUAUACGUGAACUGGCGGUUUUUACGUGGGAUAGAGGCUCAGUUUCUUGCUCUGCAGAAAGGAUUUAAUGAAGUAAUUCCGCAACAUCUGUUGAAGACAUUUGACGAAAAGGAGUUAGAGUUAAUUAUCUGUGGCCUUGGGAAGAUUGACGUGAAUGACUGGAAAUCAAACACACGGUUAAAACACUGCACGUCAGAGAGCAAUAUUGUAAAAUGGUUCUGGAAGGCAGUGGAGUCUUUUGAUGAAGAGAGGAGAGCACGUCUGCUUCAGUUUGUUACUGGGUCUUCCAGAGUACCACUUCAAGGAUUCAAGGCAUUACAAGGUGCUGCAGGUCCUCGACUUUUCACCAUCCAUCAGAUUGAUGCCAGCACAAAUAACUUGCCUAAGGCUCACACAUGCUUCAACCGCAUAGACAUCCCACCUUAUGAAAACUACGACAAGCUCUAUGAGAAACUGCUAACAGCCAUUGAAGAGACUUGUGGAUUUGCAGUGGAAUGAUGGACAUCAGCUGAAUUUAUUUUAUUUAUAUACCCCUAUCAGUUAGGGAGGCUGUCCCCCAUUCACGUUAUUGUGCUUGAAAUGCCAGAAAUGGGGAGACUUGCUCCAAGGGACACUGUGAUACAGGAGAAUAACGGACAAUUUUUUGAAAUCUCAUAUAAAUAUAUAAAUAUAUAUAUAUAUUAUUAUUAUAUAUUUUUUUCAUUGAUAAAAAGUUGUUUGCCUCGUGCUUACAACUAAGCUGCUAUUUAAAAACAAAUAUCUUGAACAUUACAGAGAAUGCUGACUUUUUAUUAUAAAGUGGCGUUUCAUAUAGACUACUAUUUUUUAUAAGAAAUGGACUAUCAACUACAUUCCUCUUUCGGAUCCCACAAAAAGAAACAACUUGGUCAUCGGUACAAACAGGGCUAUAGGCAGGAGGAAGUGUCUGUCCCAGGACUAUCCGUUGGCAGUCUACCCCACCUCCUUAAUAUCAAGAAGGUCCUAUCACAGCAUCCUCAAAUGGGAGAGCCCACUAACACUGUGGCCCAGUGAAAAUGUUGCUGGAUACUGACUGGAUGUAUUUUUUUUGUCUUUUCCUUCAUAUCGUUUCAUCAUUUAUAUACUUUACAGCCCCAUCUGUACACCACUUUUUAUUUUGUUGAUAUAUUUGAAAAUCGGCCCCAGUUUACUAAUUUAACACAUUAUACCGUCACUUCUCAUUUCUGUGGGUCUAAAUGUACUUUUGUGUUUUAAUAAUUUAAGCAAUUUGGCUUUAAAAAAAAAAGUUACUUUUUACAUACGUUGAGUCCUCAGUACAUUUUCAUUACAUGCUAUUACAGUUUGUCAAGUUGAAAUGUCAGCCACUGAUUCCAUAUCACUAAAUGUUUUGCAAAAAUGCCA